UAAAGCUUCUUGUAAUGAAAUCUCACAUUGAUAUUGAAAAUCUAUUUUCGAGAUACCUAACACUGCUAAAAUUCAUGGAGCACCCUGCACCCCAGUAGUUAAGUUUCAUACAUUUAUGGAUACAUUGUAAACUUCUUCCGAAAUGACAAAUGAUUAUAAAUGAGGGGUCUCAAGGGAAGAUAUAUCUUAUUAUACGUAAGAAAACAGUAGGUGAUAGCUCCAUGAGAGUAAAAGGUAGAUCUUGUUUGAUACAUGUUCUAUUUUUAUACUUCUCACACUUGACACAAACUCUUCUCUCUGUUGAUACACAGAUAUGUCAUACUGCAAUAUGGAAUUUCUGAAGGCGGAAGGUUGGUUUUCCAUCCUGGUUAUAUGCUAAUAUUUCCAAACUGUUCUAACUUCCCGUUUGUUUUUACUUCCGUGUCAUUUAUCAAGGUCAAUAUUUGUUUCCUUAUACAUUUAUUUUUAAAAAAUUGUAAUAUCCAAGUAAUACUAUAAUGAGUUAAAGUCCGAGUCAAAAAGAGAUGUUGUUGUUUUCGUUGUUGUAUGUUCCGGUACAGCGGUUGCAUGUUCUGGUUCUGCGCAUGUUCUGGUACGUCAAAUUGCAUAUUCUGGUACAUGUGUACGCCGAUUCAUACACAUUUUGUAUUUCUGAUUCGUAAAUUCAUUCUGCCUUGAAAACAUUAUUAUGUAUGGAAGUACUUACAGGGGUGAUUGAAUAAGAUACCCAUGCCUUUUACCUUUAGAAAUCGUAUUGUAUAUUACAUGCGAUUUGGUCUACGUCUCUUGAUUGACAGGUCUAAACAAAAGCUUUAUCCAUGUAACGCAUCGGUAUACAAAAUAAAAAUAAUGUUGCUUAUCAUAGAGACUCGUCCUUCUAUGAUUGACCUUGAAGCAGAGGUAUGUAAAGCAUACAAAACAUAGAAGUAACAUAGAUUUACUAAAUAUCAACCAUUCAAAUUAAACCUUUGGUCAGCAAACUCAAACAGCAGAAUAGCAUGUAGUUUGCUAUUUAGUAAUCCUCUGACAAUGUGUUACAAGGUCAGAUAUUCACAAACUGUUUUGAAAAUGAUAUCACAUGAUGUAAACCUUUUGAGAUGAUUUUGAGCUGAUGAUAAUUUCGGAUUACAUCUUUGUUGUUGUGAGAUUACUAGUAUUAAUACUAUACAAAUUUAGUGUUUAGGGAUUACAACCAACACCAACAAUGUAUAUUUUCAUUCCUAGAUAACUAACUUAGUAGAUACCGAAAUCAAGCCUUUAGAUUUAUCUAACGCUCUGCAAAUUUAAGUAGCAUUGUCAUCAUGCAGACUAUAAAAGUCCAGAGUAAGCAGAUCUGAAAUGCACAAGACGUAAACAAAUUACAUCACAUUAAUUUGCCUAAACUAGUAAAACAAAACGAAAAAUCCAGUCCCCGUGCGUCAUGGUUUGUUUACAAACUUUUAUGCUAAAUCGAUGACAAAUUUUCUCGAGACGCGGCCUUGACCUUAGGUACGUGCAAGUUUUUGUUUACCUAUGUCUAUUUAUAAAGCAUGGAAACCUACAGGUGAAAUAUACACUGUUUUGAAGCUUCAAACUUGGGCUAAAUAAUUCUUUAAAAACGGAAGAUUUUAAAAUGAAUAUUUAGCAUACAACUAUUUUAGUUGUAUUUUAAAUAACAAUUUGACAAAAGUUUAUGUAUCAAACAUACAGGUAAGUAGUAAAUAGUAAAUACUUCAAUGGCCGCUACGUGGAUAGAUCUGUAAGGGGAUUACGGGGUUUUCAACUACCACCACCCCCCCCCCCUCUCCCGGGUUGAACAUUUUAAACGAAAAUGGUCAUUUUGUGCCAUUUGGGGUCUGCACCCCUAAUAUACAUGUAUAUGGACAGAAAAUUACCAUCUUGGGUCGCACCCCCACUCCUAAUUGAAACAUUUCUAGAUCCAUCUCUGGUUUGUACAUAAACAAUGGUAUUUAAGGAAUGAAUAUAUGAGUUUUCGUUGAAUGGAGGCAUACCACCAUUUUAGAUGAUUUAUUUUGCUCGCGUAAAUACUUCAACAGAUUAAGUCAUCUUUUGAAAACUUUGAUGUUACAGUGUAUAUUACAAGAACUUGGAUACCUUGAUUUACUAUGUACAGUAAACAUUUUGAUAGCAUAGUCAACUACAGUAAAAACCUUGAUACUAUACAUGUAGUUACAUGUAGGUACAUGUAUAUAAGAAAACUUUGAUUUACUACAGUAUAUAUAGUAAACAUUGCAAUCCCCCCCUCAAAUACCGGUAUAAUCCAUUUUUAAAUACCGGUAUAAUCCAUUUUUAAAAUACCGGUAUGAUCCAUUUUAGGUCACCUAAGUAAACUCGGUGACCUAUUGCAAUUCGUCCGUCGUCGUCCGUCGUGCGUUAACACAUUUUUAACUUCUUCUUGAUAACUACCAUCCCAAUUCUUUUCAAAUUUGGUAUGAAGCAUAUUUGGGACAAGGUGGACAUAAGUUGUAAUUUUCAGGACUCGUGCACCCCUGGGGCCUUAGGAUGGAUCAAAAACUGCCAAAAAUUGCCCAAUUUUCAAAAAUCUCCUUAUCUACAACCACACAUGUGUAAGAAAAACCAAAUGCAUCGUGAUGUAGAGCAGGAAGGCCUCUACCAAAGAAACUCUAAUUGAUAUUUAGAAAGAACAGGUACUCCUUUUCCAAAAUUAAUGAGGAUCCCAGGGGUAGUGAUUUUAGCAAUCAGAGUCGGGCCAAAAUUGUCAGUUAUUAAAUGUGGGGAAAAUAGAACUGUUUUGACUUCUUGAUAACUACUUUUUCAAUUACUUUCAAAUUUGAUAUGAAGCAUCUUUGGGCCAAGCAGGACAUAAAUUGCACCCCUGGGGCCUUAAGGACGGAGCAAAUACUGCCAAAAAAUUGACCAAUUUUCAAAACUCUUCUUCUCUACAACUACAUAUCUUUAAGAAAAACUAAAUGCAUAGCGAUGUAGUAUAGCGAAGGUUUCUACCAAAAUUGUAAAUUUCAUGAUGGUAGAGGUUCUGACUCCAGGGUGAGGCCAAACUUGGUAUAUAUAGUGUAUACAUGUAUGUGCAAAACAUGUAAAUGAUAUCUGCUUUAAUGUUAUUGAUACUAAAUUGAAACUAAAUGGAUAUUUAGAAGGAGUAGGCAGUCCUUUACCGAAAUUGUAAAUUACAUGAUCCUAGGGGAAAGGGUUUGGUUUCAGGGUUGAGCCAAUAUUAUCAUAGUGAUUAUUGUCUUUAUCAUUUGAAGGACUUCUUUAAUACAGUAUGCAUAUUUAGGAAAAGGAUGCACAAAAGAUGGUGAAUUUUGCAACCCCAGGGUUUUUACUUAAGGGUGGGUUCAAAUUAGUGAUAUUGUUUACUGAUAAUGCAUAUAUUAUAUUUUCAUCAGUACGUGCACUUUUGAGGGUAUUGGAGUUUUAAGGAGACAUCUUAUUGCGACAGUCGCUGAAUAUUAGAAUUUACCUUAGAUAUUCAGAACAGGAAUUUUUUCUAGAUUUUUGGUCUUUGGGACUAGUGAUAGUUUUAACUAGUACUCACUACUCAGGUGACCGAUAAGACCUGUGGGCCGAUAUGUCCAAAAUACUAAAAUGUAUACAUGUACGUUUUAUUUUGUCAGACCUCAGUAUUUUCAGGAGACUUUACCGCUUGGGCCCCCGCAUCAUCACAAGUCGAGGUUUUGUGAUUACUUACCCUUCACACAAACCCUUGACGAAUGUAGCUAUUUAGAUUUCGGGCUCAUGAAUCCGCAUUUCAUUGGGUCCAAGUCGUACACUGGAACCAAUCAAAAUGCGGUUCUCAUUCUAAACACGUGGUAGACGUAAACAAUGAUGGCUGUGAACAAAAUAUGGCAAGUUCUUCAAUUUUUUCAACUUCUUGUCGCAUAUGCAAUAAUGAUAUGAACUUAAACAAAUACCGCCGUUUUCUUUCUCUAGACAAUUCAGAUCAGCCAUCUUUGUGCUCAGUCCGAAUUUUUUUUUGAAAAGAGCCAUUUCAUUGGACAGUUUAUUUUUAGCAUAUUACGCAUUACAAAGCUUGAACCAGAAAUUUAAUUAGCUACAUGGGGCCCCCUGUAAAUUAAAAAUUUACAAUAUGACAGUUUACUCUAAUAUGUUGUUUUAUCAGCGAUGGACCUCUUCAAGCCCAAACUGUUAUGACAAGAGCGGGACUAUUUAGAUUUGGGCUCCUUUGUUAUAAACAAUUAAAUUCGUACGAACAGUUUUCACCUCAAACCACAGGGACUUGCUCCCGUUAAGAAAAAUUGUAAACAAUACUUGUUAUAUUUUACAAGGGUGGACAUGCGACUCUAGAAUUGUAAUCAUUGCAACGUUAACAAAAUCCAUGUACACGUGUAUCCAGGUAGUCAAUUCCAAUGAAACCAAUGCCGAUUUAGUAGGACUGUAAUACAGACGUGUUCGAAAUACUUCUAUAUAUAUACUGCAUCAGCUUAAUAAGCACAUUGUUUAUCCUUCUCUCGUUACUGACCCCUAAACAGCCUAUCAAUCGACUUUUAAAUAAUAUAACAUGUAUCAUUAUAUUAAAUUGUUUCGGACAUAUCGACCAUCAGAUAACGUAUUUUAAAAUCUUACAUUACACGAUAGUUACUAUUUAAAGGAUAUCUCUUCUAUUUUUAAACGUUGUUUUUAAAGAACAAAAGAUUAACAAGAUUAUCUCAGAUUAAAAGAUGGAAAUGGAUUACAAAGCUAUUUUUGGUUUGAAAGACAUUUUGAUUAACUCUAAAUCGUUUUAUUACUAAUCAAAGCUACAAGAAAACAAGUUACUUGUAUAUAGUUCAAGUGCACAUUUAGACUUUUAAAAACUUUUUAAAAACCCGAUAUAAAGAUCGACCGAAUUGUUUUAUGAGCAAAUUGUCUCAUUUUUUGGUGUGGUCAUUCAUGCACUUCAAGACUAUGAGUACCAUGUCAAGUGCACAUGCUUAUAAAGGUAAGCUCAGUUUGAGUUCAUUUUGGUCUGUCAUCCAUAGACCUCUUUGAUUAAUAUCAGGCCUUAGAAUGAUAAAUAUGUGCUUCUUUUUAAAAACAAUAUCUACAGUACCGGUAUAUGUAUUUAUAAAAUAAGUUGUGACAUUUCGGAGAGAGUAUCACAGACUGUAUCAGUUUCAUGUAAUAUACAUUGUACACCAAUGUUCUAACUUGUCAUUCAGUACCCUUAUGUCAUAUUUCUAAGAGGACUUUACACUACAGUUUAAUCCGAGAUACCCCUGGCUCUGUUUCUUGCGCGAUGCAGAGGCAACUGUAAGGUACUCGGUCAUCUUUAAAAACAUUUCAAUAUAAAGAACAAUAUCACAAAAGAUACCAAUCGUUUAUAUUGUUACGAUUUGAAGAUAGUGAGUGUAACCUACGGAACGGAGGUGCCAGAUGACAACAUUCAAACACCUCCAGUUCUUUCAUCCCCUACAGAUCUCUGACCAGUGACCAUAGGCAUUCGCACAUUUUAGUAGGUCAACCCUUAGGGUAUGGUAUGUCUUUGGAACAAAUUCAGCAAAUCAUUACUGGUCAUAUUAAGAACAUGCAUAUGAUAUUUUAUUAUAAUUAAUGUGUGAUGCUUCAUUGUGGUUGUCUUGAGAUCAUUCAGGUCGGAUGUAAUUUUCCAUAGUCAUUUUUAGGAAGAACCAAGUGAUAGCCCACACUUAAUUCUCUUCAAAAAUUUCAUUGUGUAAUACUAAAAACAACGGGAUGACCGACUAGAAAUUUCAUUGUGUAAUACUAAAAACAACGGGACGACCGACUAGAAAUUUCAUUGUGUAAUACUAAAAACAACGGGAUGACCGACUAGAAUUUUCGUUGAGUGCAUACUUUUAGACAUUCAUUUCAUGAUUCUUAAGUUUAAAGAAUAUUAAAGUUUGUAAAUCAAUGAUACCAAUUGAAAGAUAGUGUUAUGAAUUGUACGGGUGGUCUAAGCAAAGUAAGGUGAACACAUUUUGGAAAGACAGACACUACAGCGCUCGCCCCACGCACAUUCAACGAAUACGUUCUCUAUAGACAUGAGCAUGAAUCACAGGCCUAGUCUUUCCUGAAGAAGAGGUAUCCAGUGAAUACGAGUGAAAGGGCUAAACUGUACUUUUGAUAGGGAAUCCGCAUAAAAAUGAUUCAUCUAUAUUAAACGGUCAGAGUACAUUUCAAGAAAUGUGGGAAAUUCAUGAAUAGUGUUUACACUUUGCUCAGACGUACAGCUGUAUAUGACAAAUAAAGAUGAAUACAAUAAGUGUUUGGGUGUUUAUUUAUAUACUCACUGAACCGCAACGUUCUGGCCAUGACUGGUCAAAGACCAUUACGUAGCAAUGACAAAACCAUGCCCUGAACAUGAUUAACGCUAUCUUAAUUAUUAAUGAGCAACGACAAUUGGAUUCAUCGAUGACAACACAUUUUUUUUCGCCUGUCAACAAUGUUAUUUCUAUUGCUUGUCAUUUCCCUGUCUUGAAAAUACAUGUACUUCUUCUACAUGAAUAAUGUGUACUUUAUAGUUUCUCCGACUGACAUGGUCGAUUAACACACCUGGGAAAGUUUGUGUUCUUCGUUUUGAGAAUUUAGUUGUUUUAAAGAUACUCAUUUAAUAAACAUUUACCACUUAUUAGAAAAUUGAAUUAAAAAGGCGCAACGAUGUGGAAUUUCAUUAGACUCGAUCAACUUUUCUGACCACUUGACCUCGCGCGGUUUGGUACAGUAAAUUCACAAGUUACCGAUCUACCAGUCAACUGGUAUUCAGUUCCUGAAUUUAACUGAUUUUUUUCUCUCGUUUUUUUAAAAUUUAUUUUAAAUUUUUUUUUAAACAGAAAACUAUCUUUUUAAUAUAUAGCUUAUGAGUUUUAUUUUCUACAAAUCAUCUUUGGAAAAUAAAUUAUAACCGGUAUAUGCAUGUUUAAAUAACUCCAGCGUUCGAAUGUACUCAAAAUCGGUAUUCAAACUGAUAGUCCGCGCGUUAUCGCAAUCUUAACUUUAAUAUGACUGUAAAAUAACUUAAUAUAAUACGCGUUUUGUAGAAAAGUGUACAUACGUUUCUGACUUGCUUACGAUAGGUAAUUACAGUGUACCACUAACUUAUGAUAGCAAUAUUUGCGUUCAAAGUUUGUACGAUUCAUAUACCGAAUAUGCACAUGUAAUAUAGGGGAGACUAUUUUGAAUCGAUAGUACAUGCAUUAACAUAAUCUGUUUUUAUCAUUUUUUUUUUUUAAAAAAUUACAUGUGAGUGAGCAAAAAAGAGGACGACUGUAAAGUUCUUCUCAGCAUGGAGAUGGGAUUGAGAAGAUAGACAUCGUCUCGAGUAUUAUUAAAUGAAUACUUGUAGUUAUAUUGAUGUGUGUUAGUUUCAUCAAAUACCAAAAAGGAAAAAGAGGAAGUUUCUAUUAGAUCACUUUUCGGGGACACAAAAGUGGGGCUUAUUCUCUUGUAUAUGAAACAAGUGGGUUUUCAGCCUAACUCGCUUUGUCAUAUUAUGACAUCACAAUGUGCAGUUUUACUCCAAAAUAAUGCAUCAAUUAUUGUGGUGAUCGACUGGCGGGAACACAUGAUGUCAUAACAAAUUAAUUAUUCCUUCUCGUUUUGUCGAAGAAAACCAAGAAUCGAUGAGGUAAUUUUUUGACAGAAUUUUGAUGGAAACGCUGCUAAAUAUAGAACAAUGUGCUGAAUUAAUUGUUUUAGACAUUUCGUAGCCUCGGGAUGUGUUACAGAUGGAAACCUCGUGCAUCAACAUGCAAGCAUAUGCAUGCUGAUAUUUUCUGAAAGGUGAAAAAAAUAUAUAUACCAUGCUUGACGCAUCAAUUUUAUUUCAGUCUUCAAGUGAUUUUAAAUAUUUCGUAAUAUGCAAUAAUUCUUUUGUUUGUUUUUUAUGACAGAAAUAAAAAGUUUUCUUAUCACGUGUGCAUGAGAAUUCUAGUUUCAAUAUUUCUUUGUGACGAGAUAUUUUAAUUAUCACGAAGUCGAUUUACCAUAUCUCGGGGAAAUUUUACGUUUAAUUACAGGGUCGACACAGCAUUUUAAUUACUAACGCUUAUACCUUUUCAGUAUAAUAAUGUUUGCAUCUUUAAUUCUAAUCCCCCCCCCAAAAAAAAUUGUCCGAGGUUAUAACUCUUUCUUCAUACUCCUUGGUCUACAUUGUCCCUGACGAAGGUCAUAUGUGCGAAUUGUUCUCUGUUGCGUUUAUUAAAAGCAGCCAACUUAUAUGUAUCGUUAUUCAUAACCGUUUUAUUAAAAAAUAAACGGGGUUUAAUUAAUAAUUACUCACACACUAUAAAUGUCCGCAGAUGAAUAUAAAUCGCAAUGUGUAUUAGUAACUUAAAUGAUCAAAUAAAACUCACCAUAUGUCAAUCAAAGUUUGAAUCAACAUGCAUCAUCUACAGACAUGGUAUUUGUAAAUUAUUCACAAUCCAAUUGAUUUAUGUAUCAGUUUAUUAACUCUAAACUUGGAAAUGUGAAUGUCACCUAUUACUUUAAAAUAUAUAUAUACAUGUAUAUAUCAGAAGCAUCGUCGUUGCAUUGCCCAAUUGUAAUUUACGUGAUAUAAACUAUUUAAGUCACAAGUUUAGGAGAGAGAGAAGAUUAAUCGAUUUGAAUUGCAAAUUUGAACUGUAUGUACAAUCCACGUGAAGUCGCUGAAUCACACGAGUCAACUCAUCGCUUAGAACAUAACCACUCAAAUUUUCUAAACUUCAAAUCUUUAUAAUUGAAACGUUAAAACAGGGCGUAUAAAUGGCAUAUACAUGGACGUAUUGUCCAUGCUUCAACGUCGUUUUCUCCGUUACUGAAUUGCGAAGUUCUUGAAGAAAAUGAAUAUUGAGAGUUUAGUGGGUAUUUUGUUUAAACAGCCAUUUAAGGGAAAAGUCAGAAUUUCGUUCUCUCCGAUUGAAGAAUUACUGCAUGCUGUAUAUCUUGUCCUUGAAAACAUCAGACAGAUUAAUACUGUUGAAAACAUAUACAUGUAAUUUAUGUUCAAGUCCCCAUGAUUCCUUUUUCCUCAAAGUAUUUCAAAAUCUGUGCACAUUCCUGAAUGAUUAUCAAUAUUUGCUUAUCAAACAUUUGAAAUACUACGCAUCAGUUGUAAAGUAUGGCAAUUGACUUCAAGGAUUACGAAAAUUCGUUACAGAUUGGAUCAAAUAUCCUUAAAAACAUUAAUUAUGAAGUAUGGUUCUCUAUAACUGUGUAGAAAACUUUCCAAGUGCACACCAUUCAGUUAAAACUGAAAUACCAGAUGUGUUCCGAAUGGCUUUUCAUGAAUCACCUUGGCUCAUGUGACGUAGCCAUGUAUAAAUACUCCGCUGUGUUUACAUCGCGAGAAUCAUUACAAGCGUAUACGCGAUAAGGGAAACAUCACUUGUUAGAGUGGAAAAUUACUAUUUACAUACAACAACCUGUUGUGUGACUUUGCUCUUAACUAAUGGAUCGUAGACUUCAUUAGGUAUUUAUUUGAAAAAAAAAAAAGUGUGAAAUUUUGGAUUUACUUUAAUCCACCUUUACUCUGUUACCGAGACUUCAAUGAUUGUGGAAUUGCCACCGGUGAUGCCAGAAUCGGGAGGAGCGGUAGAUUUGCUACCCCCCUCAACUUUGACCACGGAUAUUCUACCGUGCCGGCGUCGGCUGGGACUGAGGUUGGACUUCGGGACAGAUGACUAUACUUGUGUUCCAAAGAGAUGCAAACUAGAGUCCAUGAAUAUCUCCUUUAGUGCUUUAAGCAAACUUAGUUCUACCAAUAGUAAUGUGAAUGCUGUCUUUUCAGCAAGGACCAUGCAAACUCAGGAACUCGCAUCCAGGAUGCACAAAUCUCGCACCGUGCUUGUCCUAGAUUGUCGACCAUUUGUGUCUUACAACAUUGCUCAUAUCCAAGGUGCUAUCAAUGUGAAUUGUUCUGACAGGUUUAACAGAAGGCGACUACAGCAAGGAAAAGCCAGUAUUGUGGACCUUGUGUCCUCUAAGGAGGGAAAAGACAUGUUCAAGAAAAGGAGUUCAAAGGAGAUAGUGAUUUAUGAUGACCACACGAAGGAUGCCCAGUCUCUCUGUCAAGAUUCUUCAAUGUAUAUGGUCUUAUCGUCGCUACUACGAGAGGGCAAGGAUGCUUAUAUCCUCAAAGGAGGAAUUGAAGAAUUCAGGAACGAACACGUGGACCUUUGUGAUAGUAGUGUAAAAUCUCAGGAAGCCCGACCCCUGUACAGUCCCACCACGCCCAUCAUUGAGCCUCAGAUAGAGACCGCUACCGCCUCUCAAAUUCUCCCUUUCCUCUACCUCGGCAAUGAAAGAGAUGCAGCCAAUCUACAGCGAUUACAGGAUUUGAAUAUCACUUAUGUUCUCAAUACUACUUCUCAUAUACCCAAGUACUUUGAAAAUCAGGGAAUCCAUUAUAAAAGAAUACCUGCUUCCGACAGUGGAUGCCAAAAUCUGAAGCAAUAUUUUGAAGAAUCUGUUGCAUUUAUUGAUGAGGCAAGACAAAAUGGUGCUAAUAUUCUAGUCCAUUGUCAUGCAGGCGUUUCACGGUCUGCAACCAUCACCAUCGCGUACCUUCUCAAACAUUCAAAACUGUCCAUGAUGGACAUUUAUCGGUUGGUGAAAGGAAAAAGGAGCAUAAUUUCUCCCAAUUUUAACUUUAUGGGUCAGUUGAUGGAGUAUGAACAAGCCUUAAACAGCGGAGUCUGUGAGCGCAGUGUGAUACCUAACAUUGUUCCGGAGGAAAAUAGCGCGUGACGUAAUUUUUCCACAUCCGGAAACAUCAUCCGUUUUCUUAGAAACAAGAGUCGCUCGGAAGAGAACAGGAGACUAUCUUUGGAUAUGAUAUGCUGACCAAGUACUUUCAUUUGUGCAAUAAGUAUGGGCCAAACACAAGACAAUACUCGAAGUUGAAACAAGAAACAUUCCAUCGUCUUUAAUGAGAGUGAAUGUGUCCUAAUCAUGAGAGCUAUAUAAAGAAAUCCGUAAUCAGAACUAAAAUCUGAGAAAACGAAAUGUUUGUCCAAUGUUUCUCUCGUUGUCUCUAGUCAUUUAUUGUGUUUUUAAAAUGUUAUUUUGUAUGUAUUUAGUCACUAGGAUUUUCUUUUCAUAUAACGUUGAGCGUGUGAUUCAUGCACGGCGAAUCCGUAGAAUGCAAAGCGAAGGGUUAAUCUCUCGCCGUAUACCUAAGCUAGUUGGAUGAAGCCAUCUGUUAUUUAAAUAUACAAUGCUAAAGGGAACAAAAGUUCAUUAGAAGGAAAUUAUUCUUACUCUUUGGCAAGAAUAUUUUUAACCACGUCUGAAAUAUGCUGGACAUGAAAAACAUUCAAAAUUGAAAUCAAAACUCGAGUGAACACGACAAUUUUUUCCAUUGCGAAAAUGCUACGAAAAUUAACUCGAUAGAAAAGAAAGGGAAAUCAUUGAUAACUGAUAAUCACAAAUACUUAGGACGUAUGUAUCAUAAUGAUGACAAAACUACCUCAAUGUAUACUAUAAGUUGAAGGCCAACUUUCCUUUUAGUAUGCUUUCACCAUAAAUGCCUUGAUUCAUCCUAUGCAUCUACAACUGACAAACAACUUAAAAAGUUCUAUGUUGCCGUUUAUUUGUAAAUAUUCGUUUAAAUUAUUUAAUCAUUCCUGACGAACAGACGUUAAUACAGUUUUAUUAAGUUUGCCCCAAAUCUAAAUAUACAUAUACUAGGACGUUCAUUUUUAUAAUUAGAUGUUAAUUUUUCAUCACGAAAACACUCUGACGUGAAAUAUAUUUACAUUCCAUUCAAAAAUGCCUUUACCUAGCUGUUGUGAAUAUUUACAGCACCAAUUGAAAAAUAAGGUUGUUAUUAAAUUUUGUUAAAUGAUAGUGCCUUUACAUGACAAACUUUUUUCCCCAUCGUGUAUAAAGAUUUUCAGUUGACUAUGUUGAAUUAUUUUAUUUUGAUGUAGUGUUAAUUGAAGGGAAUAAGUAACUGUAUAUUUGUUGUCAAGUAUAGUAACACACUGGGGCAAAGACUAUCGAGUCGUGAUUCGAAGAUCAGACUGUUCUGUGAAGAAAUUGAAUAAAGAAAACUGAAACAAAA